AUGUUAAGAAAGGACAUUAAGAAAGAGCCGUACAAACUGAAGAAUCCGAAUGGAAAGAUACCAACCAUUGAGGACCCGAACACUGGCAUUACACUCUUUGAGCCAAUCCGGUGCUAUCAUCCAAUACCUCGUCGACAUAUAUACGAAAUAACCAACAAGCUCGCAUAUACCACUUUCCCAGAGAAGUAUCUCACGCUCUCCUGGCUCAGUCUUCAGAUGAGCACGCACGGUACUUACUUCGUCUGGUUCCACCCAGAGAAGAACUCUACUGCUGCGAUCGAUCGUUAUGGUAACGAGAUGAAGCGUAUCGUCGGCGUCAUCGAUCGCCAUCUGAAACGCACGGGGACGCAGUAUCUUAUUGGCGACAAGUGCACGUACGCGGACCUGGCGUUUGUUAUGUGGGACCAGAUCAUGCCUCUUCUGGUGGGUGAUUGGGAUUUCAAGACCGAAGCCCCGGAUUUUGCGGCAUGGAAUGAGAGGGUGGUGGCUCAGUCAGCAGUGCAGAGGGAUUUGGCGGGUGGGGGGAAGGCUCCAUCCACUGAUCGUACUGCGCCAGUGUUGAAAUUGGGUGCGGGUUUGGUCACCUGA